AUGCUCACCUCCAGCAAGGCUCCAUUCUACAGUAUCGUCCCAGGAAACACGGCUACACCGAUCGGCUCGGUGACUCUGUCAGUUAACUUCGGGACAAAGGAAAACUACCGCACGGAGUACAUCAAGUUCGAGAUGGCGAACUUCAAGUCAUCGUACCACGCCAUCCUCGGUAGACCCGCUUUGGCCAAGUUCAUGGCCGUGCCCUACUACGUCUACUUGCUCCUCAAGAUGCCAGACAAGAUAUGGGUACUCACCUUCCGCGGCGACUUGAAGAAGUCGUACGACUGUGACCAAGAGGCAAUCGAGUACGCCUAG